CUAUAUAUUCUCCAUGGAGGUUCUUUUCUCUCUUUAACCCAGAGUGGACCAGUGGGUGUUUGUUGCUCUUCUCCUUUUAUAACAUGCAGGUGAUAGCCUGUACCCAGGAUGUCGGUCAGCACGCAGCAUCACUCUUCACACACCUGAACCUUCAGAGGGAACAGGGGCAGUUCUGUGACUGUGUGCUCAGACAGAAACAAAACCCAGAUCAGAUCUACCCUGCACACAGAUGUGUUCUGGCAGCUUCCAGCCCAGUGUGGGCAUCCAUCCUGCUCUCUGCUGGUGCCCUGGUGGAACUGCAGGAUCCGUGCCUGCCUGGCUCUGUGCUGGGAUUUCUUUUGGACUACAUUUACACGGGCGUUCUGCCACGCUCUCUGAGCCAGCAGCAGUAUUACAGAGUGUUCACUGCUGCGUGUCACCUGCAGAUGGAGGAGCUGCAGGAGGCUCUGAGGGCAGCCUGGAGACGAAUGGUUACUGAGGAACAGGGAAGCGCUUCAAACGGAGCUGAAAUUCAUUCAAACAAAGACGUUAAUAAAGUCGAGCUGAAGACCUUUUGUGAUCUGUCGCUAUCACCCAAAAGCAUGUGUUUCAGAGGGCUUGAAGAAACAGAAACAUUGUGUUCACCUGAUGAAGUCAUGUUUGAAGAGGCCCAGAUGAAUUCAGUCAGUUUCAUUAUUAAAGACAAAGAAAUGCAAAUAGAAGAAGAGGAUUCAAACCAUCCCAGCAGAACGGAUUUAAAGACUUUAAAUGAUCUAAACAGCUUCUGUGAGCUGAAAAGUGAUGAAAGCAAAGUAAUACAACAUAACUUGCUAAAUAAUCAUGUCCCUACUGAAGUCAUUCCUGGAGUGAACAAAGAUGAGCAUGAUCAUCGGUGUCAUUCAGACUGGCCGGGCAGCACGGAAGAAGAACUGUUGGAGACAUCUAAACUAAAAAGAAGAUCCUCCUCGUCCUCCUCCACAUCGUCACAUCAGUGUUUUGGGGCAGUGCCCGUCAUCUGCCACAGCUCCAGCAUGGCUCCUGCCUCCCACUCCUGCAGCACAGACAGUGACAACACCACCAUAACUGAGCACCAACAUCCAGACGGAGAACAAAAUCCGGACACGAGAAACAAUAAAAAUCACCCUGAGCCGAAUGACAAUUACAACAGCAGCACUAUAGAUCAAUUUAUAACCAAUAGCGAGCUUUUAAUUCAAGGUUUAACUCACAGUGUAGACCAUGAUUCUUUACAGAGGGACAGGAAUUUGGUGCCACAGAGUAAAGCCUGGAGCAAAGGGUCAAAGCGUGAAAUGGAAAACGAUUGUGAUCAUUUUGCCUCCAAACACCAACGUUUCGAUUGUUCUGAACGUCACAAUGAGUCACUGACAGCAGCUGCAGGCGAACAAACUAAAGACCGGAGAAGUGUGCUUUCACUUCCUGAACAGGACUCGGAGGCAGGAAAUGACUUUCACCGGGGUGAUGGUCUUGCUGUGGAAGCGAAACAGGAGCACAUUUUCUCCAUCCGGUUGCCUGCUAAAGCAGACACAGCAGACAGUAACUGUGAACCCCGUGGAUCUGACACCAACACGUACCCAAAUCAUUUUUCAGCAGGAAAAAGCAGAAGUGGUGUUGUUUCUAUCCAGCAUGGAUACAGAUCAAACAGCACAUCCACCUCAUCAGAAUCAGGUUUGGACGAUGCCUUUGCUUCUGAAUGUUGCGCAUCUUCAGAAUUUAGAGGAACCUCCAGCUCUAAGACCUCGUGCUUAUCUCCAGUGACUCCCGUAGAAAACAGCAUGUCUGACCCUACAAGUGAAACUGUUGGUCAGCCAUACCGUGGACACAUUCAUUAUCAGUACUGCCCACAUCAGGACACACACUCGUUGAUACAAGGCUCUAAGUACUCCCAGCACAGACACUCUUAUAGUUUGGGUGAGUCCACUGAUGAGGAAGAGGCUGGUUCUUUUGCCAUGAAGCAAAACACCAACCAGGUUCUCCUGUUGGACAUGAACUCCAAACCCGCUGAGCUGCCCUGCAGAAACAGAUCCGACACAGAGGAGAGUUGGGGCUUCAAACGGAACAAAGAGUCUUCUGUUUACAGGGACAAGGGUUUUAUUGAGACUAACGAGUGGAGCAGCGAUGAAACGGGAAGAUCUUCAGAAAAGGAUCAACACAAGAGAGAGGCUCCGGCUGCACAAAAGGCUGCGGAGACCAUCACCUUGCCAGUCUGUCCAACUCCAAACGUAACCGAUUCAGAGCAAAGCUCCAUGCCUUCCACUUUGUCCUCUUGCGUAUCUUCCAGCCCUCCGGUCAGCAUGCUGGGAGAAAGCUCCGCUCCCAACCAGCAGCCGUUCCAGUGCUCGCUCUGCGACCGCUCCUUCAGCCAGCGAGGCUCUCUGAACCGACACGUGAGAAGCCACCUCGGCGUGCGACCCUUCCCCUGCCCCUGCUGCCCCAUGACCUUUUCACGCCAGUACCGUGUCACAGAGCACAUGCGUGUUCAUCAGCGCUGCAGCCUUGGAAAUGCCUUCCAAAAGCCUGUGGACUCUUCCAGUAAGGCCAGUGAAGAACCACAAAACUAACAGAAGAUGACAGCUGGUAUAUGAUGCACUUGCCCUUAUAACUUUUUGAAACCUUUAAUUACAGUUUUUUAAUCUGUGACUCUAAUUCUACACUUUAUGGAAAUAUAUAGCAAAAGGGUAAUUUAGUUGAUUUUUGUAAAAAAAAAAAAGAGUCAAAUUCAAGAGUUGCAGGAUAUCAGAUGAAUCUUUUAAUAUUGUGUUACUGAAAUAUUUUCACUAAUAUAGUGGAUAUUGGCAGCUAUUUUUAUUGCUUUAACAGACAUGGACUGCUGCAUUAAAAAACAAGAGAAACAAUUGUCACAUUGAUUCAAGAUGCUGUACUUGUUCUACAUUUUUGUUUGACACCUCAAAGGCAUUUUCUUUUUCACUUAUAUCUGUUUUUCAAUCUAAAUUAUACUGUUUAACUUAUAGCUCUAUACUACAGAAGCGUAGAGCUGCCACAUGACAUGAAAUUAUUUUGAAACUGGAUCUCGUUAUAACGAGAAAACCAUCUCGUUAUAAUGAGAAAACUAUCUUGUAAAAAUGCUGAAAUAUGUCAUUAUAACGACUAAAAUAUCUCGUUAUAAUGAGAAAACUAUCUUG